UUUACUGGGAUUUAACAGGGGGGGGUUCUGUUAUCAACGAGGCUGGCGCCCGGGACUUUUUCGGGAUAUGAACCAAUAACUCCUGACCGGAUAGGCCUACACAUAUCGAAACAACAAAAAUACACAGGAGAAACUUUGAAGCGCUCAAGUGAACGCCUGGUUUAUUUGGAGCAGAAUUCAAAACUAUCCACAUAAACACGCGGGGAUGUCGAGGGGAGCACAACAACCUAUAGCAUCCCAAAGUUGGGACUUGUAUAUCUAGCAAUGAGAGGUUAACAAAGUUGUAGGUUGGUUGAAGAUUGCUGACCAUUGCGUCUUUGUGGCAAACAUUGCAUAGAACAGCGCCCUACUGUCUAAAAUCACAAAAUCCCUUUUAUCAUAAACUGAAGGGCACCCCAUCUUCAUCAUCCCACACCUAAAGUCACAAUGACGACCUCAUCAUUACGGCGCCAGGUAAAGAACAUUGUAAACAACUACACAGAUGCAGAGGUCAAGGUCAGGGAGGCGACCUCCAAUGACCCAUGGGGUCCUCCUACCUCGCUCAUGAUGGAAAUAGCAGACCUAACCUUCAAUGUGGUGGCUUUAACUGAGGUCAUGGGAAUAAUCUGGAAGAGACUCAAUGAUCACGGCAAGAACUGGCGGCAUGUGUACAAGGCGCUCACUCUACUGGACUAUUUGAUCAAGACGGGAUCAGAGCGAGUGGCACAGCAGUGCAAGGAGAACAUUUACGCCAUCCAGACUCUGCGGGACUUCCAGUACAUUGACAAGGAUGGUCAGGACCAGGGCAUGAACGUGCGGGAAAAGUCCAAGCAGUUGGUGUCUCUGCUGAGGAAUGAUGAGCGGCUCAAGCAAGAGAGAUCCCAGGCACACAAGACCCGUGAGCGCAUGACAGGAACCAGCAGUGUAGUGGGCUAUGGAUCUUUACCCCCUCCUUAUCCAGGACGCCGCACCAGUCAGCCCAGCAUGGCAGCACUGUAUGGGGAAGAUUAUGGCAGAUCUAGGGGCUCACCGUCUUCGUUUAACUCCUCCUCUUCCUCCACUCAUCUGGCUCCUGAUCUGGAGUGCGCCCGGCCGCAGACGAGCGGAGAGGAGGAGCUUCAGCUGCAGCUGGCCUUAGCCAUGAGCCGAGAGGAGAGUGAGAAGCCUCCUCCUCCUCCUGCUGCUGCUGCUCUGGAUAUUGAUGAACAGACACAGCUCCAGAUUGCAAUGAGUCUCAGUAAGGAGGAGGCACAGAAGCCAGUGCUCGCUCCUGUCGCUGCCCUGGACAUGGAUGAAGAUGCACAGCUCCAGCUGGCCCUUAGUCUCAGUAAAGAGGAACAUCAACAGGAGGAACGAAGUCGCCAGGGAGAUGAGUCGCUGCUCCAGAAAGCUCUUGAGGAGAGCAAACGGGAGAUUGAGGCCAAAGGAGGAGGAUCUGCCAUAUUGGAUCUUGUAGAAGUUUUUGCUCCAGUUCCUGAUGCACCCUCUAGUACCCAUCCUUGGGAUUCAUCCGGAGGUCAUAGUGCCAAAGCCCAGGCUGGUCCUCUGAGGUCUGACCCCUGGGAUUGUCUGGCAGAGGCCAGCUCUUCAAGUCAGAGGUCUAGUAGCUCAUGGAUGGCACCACCUGCAUCAAGUGUUCGAUCCCAGCCUUGGUCACAGCGACAGCCGGCUCUUGACCCAUGGGAAGCCCCUCAGAAUGCCCCAAGUCCUGUUUCCAGGAAUCAGACCUGGACCUCCCCUGCUCGUACCGGAACUGGAGUGGAUCCCUUCUCUCCCCCAACAGUGGACGGACAAGGAUCUAUUGGCCCUCUCAAAACUCCUUCCCCUCGGGCAGGAAGUCCCUCAGAUGACGAUCUUUUUGAUGAGGCUAUGGAUGGAGGUCAGGCAAAUGUGAAUGGCCAUGGUAGUCCAGCGCUUUUCGAUUUGUCUUCCUUGGGCAAAAAUCUACCAAAACCAACUCCUCGAACCUGCAGCACUCCAGAGGCAUUCCUGGGCCCCACUGCAGCUUCACUUGUCAACCUAGAUUCUCUGAUACCUUCCAACCCUCCUGCUAAGAACUUCAACCCAUUUUUAUCAGGAGUGAACGCUCCCUCAGCGACUAAUCCAUUCCAACAUGAACAACAGCGUCUCACUCUUAAUCAGAUGCGUCCCAGUUCCACAUCCCCUGUACCCACAUCCCUCCCAUUCAGUGGCUCUCAGUCCAUGCCUGCCAGCAACCAGCCCUCCUCCCUGCCUAGUACCUUCACUCAGUCUGUGCAUGCUCAUCUGGAGAUCCAUGGGAACCUGCCCCAACCGCUGCUACCCCUGUCAACCACAUACACACUUGGAGAUCCAGACCAACACAAUCAGAAUCCAUUCCUAUGAAAGACCGCCUGACCAGACCCCAACAAGGCCUGGCACUAUUUACUGGCCUUGAGAUAGAAAUUUUAACCACCAACUUGACUCAGCAGGAACUUUUUAAAUAGCUUGGCUAUUUUCACAACCUCCUGGUUUUGCUCUUUGUAGGCAUUCUUAAGGGCCAUUCACACAUACAGUGAUUUGCAGCGAGAAUUUUUUUUCAUAAUAACUGUUUUCAAACUGGUUUCCCUAACAUCUGAUUCCUUGUCAAAUUAGAAUGACUUCUUAUUAUUAACCAGCUAUCCACCUUUUUCCUGAAUGCGGAAGUGUUCCACGAUUCAUAACGGAAGCCUGUUUUCGUUUUCCAGUCUCAAGUGUUUUCACUUGCAUCACUUUUUUAGUGGAUAAUGUGAUGUUUAGCAUAUUCAAUUUGUAAAAUUUGGCAAAUAAAAAAAAAAUGUGUGGCUCCAUAUGGCUGAUACUUUAGCUUACUUUAGUAGUGAUGACCGUAUUUUGACAGUGCCUCACCGGAGAUGCUAGAUGACAUGAAGAGAUGGACCAAGGUUUGUUAUGUUGAUAUCAUUAACUACUUUGAGUCGUUAUGCUAGCCAUCGAGUUGAUCCUGAAAUAAUUUUUACUCUAAAUGCUUGUUGUUCUCCUUGAUCACUUGUUUCUGUAGUUUUGUCAUUGCUUCUUAUGGAGACAGGUACUAGAAAACAGUCCAGGGGCAAUCUAAAUCAUCAUGGCACCACCUAAUGGUUGCUCAGGGAAACUGUGGAUACAUCCCAUUUAAGAUCAGAAAUUUCAAAAAGCUAUGGCCAGUUGUGCGACCCACCAAUAACUUUAGGGCAUCAGCAGCAGAAACACCCACUACGACCAACAAUACAGUUUCUCUGUGACCUCCAACGAUAAAAUCGCUUGAUGUGUGAACACCCCUUCCAUUGUAAUUGCUGUAUGUGUGAACGUCCACUAUGCAUUACAUGACAAUAUAGAAGUAUGCAAGCUUUAUAAGAAACUACCAAUAAAUGGCACAAUUUAAGGUUGAGAAUUAAAUAUUUAAUGUAACUCCCACAGAAUGAAUAACAUCAUACUUAUUGUACAUACUUAUUAUCACAUUAUUGUGAGAAUUAUUUGGAAAGAAUAACACACUUGUUAGUCAUACCAUAAAACCCAAUACAUAACCAAGCACAAGUCCAAAGCCUCUCAUGCAUUUUUGGAAUUAUCCUAUUGUUGAUUUCUUGCACCAAUUCCUAGCUGUGUUUUAGUGUUACUUUCUUAGCCUGGAGUAUCUGAUGACUUCUUGCAAUGCUCUCCUUUAAUUUACUUGAGAUGACUGUUAUCUGCAAAGUGAAAUCAGUGAUUGAGAGAUGAUUGAAAUCCAUCCAGAGAAGGGAUGCCAUUCUGAAUAUGGAUUCUAACACCAGUAUCUCAGAUAAAAGGGACUAAGAAUUUGGGACAAAUAAUUUAUGAAGACAAUUCUAAAGUAUAAUGAUUUUAUAAUAUUGGGCAUUGACUGUUGAAUGAAUAGACUUCCAGCAAGAGAAUGUACUUACUGUGGCAUUCAGAAUGAAUCAAUGCCACAUACUAACAGAAUGUAAGAAUGUGAGACCGCUACACGUGAUGGGUUGUACAUGAUUUUGCUCAGCAAAUACAAGGAUGAAUAUGAAAAUGA